AUGUGGCGCGUAUCAUACCAGAUGACGUGCGGCCUGGAAUGGAAUCCCUCUUCAGAGCUGCCCGACGCCACUUGUGUGGCUCCCCUCCCACUCUUGCCCUCCUGCAAUGACCGACGGCGCACGACUGCUCUUUCCCUCCCUCACGCUCUUGCAUCUCAUCCACAUGCUGUUGCAUCUCAUCCCACCAUGCCGUACGUUGCAUCUCAUCCCACCAUGCCGUACGUUGCAUCUCAUCCCACCAUGCCGUACGUUGCAUCUCAUCCCACCAUGCCGUACGUUGCAUCUCAUCCCACCAUGCCGUACGUUGCAUCUCAUCCCACCAUGCCGUACGUUGCAUCUCAUCCCACCAUGCCGUACGUUGCAUCUCAUCCCACCAUGCCGUACGUUGCAUCUCAUCCCACCAUGCCGUACGUUGCAUCUCAUCCCACCAUGCCGUACGUUGCAUCUCAUCCCACCAUGCCGUACGUUGCAUCUCAUCCCACCAUGCCGUACGUUGCAUCUCAUCCCACCAUGCCGUACGUUGCAUCUCAUCCCACCAUGCCGUACGUUGCAUCUCAUCCCACCAUGCCGUACGUUGCAUCUCAUCCCACCAUGCCGUACGUUGCAUCUCAUCCCACCAUGCUGUACGUCGCAACCAGCACGGCCAAACAAGCCUUAUGGUCUCCUCGCACGUCUCUCUGUGCUGUUCGCCCCCUCACUUCCCGCCCGCCCUCCCACCUCACUGCUCAGCUCAUCUCAGUGCGGACCGAGCGAGUGAGCCUACUAGUGCAGCGGCCUGUGCCCGUGAGCUGCAUUCCCUACCACCCUCACGCCUCCAUCCCCCACCGCGCUGCUCCCACUGCCUCCCCCCCUGCCGCACAACACAUGGGGGUGCAGAAGCUCAUCGCAGCACAUGGGGAUGGUGGUGCUGCAGCACAUCGUGGCAUGCAGGAGGGCAAAGGAGAGAGUGCUCUGAGCGGCAUGUGCCAGGAGUGUGCUAUGGUGGUGUUGCAGCUGAUAUUGGCGCGCAGGAGGGUGAGGGUGCUCGUGAAAGACGCCAAGGAGGCCACUGCUGGAUUCGGGCCCUACGUGCAGCCCAUAGCAGGGUCGGUGGGGGACCAAGCAGCAGUGCGGGCUGCGCUCAGGGGCAGUCAGGCAGUCAUCGUCACGGGCCGGCUGGGAUCGCUGGCACAACUGCUACAGGGGAGCAAAGCGGAUCAUGUGGUGCUCGUAUCCCAACUGGGGGCUUCGUCGCGCCCAUCAGGUCUGGCGGGGCUGCUCUGGUCUGCAUCUCCGCUCGCAGCAGCGGCAGACGCCGAGGCAGCUCUGGCUGUUGCUGCUGUGGCGGCAGGUGUUGACGGGGAGAGGGGAGCAGCAGGGGAGGCGCGGCAUUGGGGGUUUGGGUGCACGGUGGUGCGAGGGGGGAAGGUGGUGGAUGAACCUGGCCGGCAGAGAGGGCUGCUGCUGGGGCAGGGCGACGCCAUGAGGGGCAGCGUGUCAAGGGAGGAUCUGGCAGCCGUGGUGGCGGCAGCACUGGCAGUGCCACCGCCCGUCCAGCAGAGACGCAUCAUUGAG